GCAAACUACAGGUGUAACAGAUUGUUAUCCCCAAAGCUGUAAUAAGGAAUGCUGUUGACAUAGUAGGUAAUUUAGCUGUAGUUUCCUUGAUAUUAUCCAAAACUUGGCAGAAAAAUAAGAAUGAGGUUAGCGAACAUUUGCUUUUAAUAUUAUUGUAAAGGUGAUGACGCUGGUUUGACAGAAGUCUGUUUGCUCUUAACCCCCACCACCCCAGCUACUCCUGGAGAACGAUUGACUUACUGCAUUGCACAGAUCAUGGCUAUCUCUUUUAAUCAUGACCGCUAUUCUGAAUUCUUCAAUCUCGAGCAUGACGACGAGGACCCCCUAGAUGAGAGUUCUCAGCAAAGGUUUAGCUGUCGCCGCUCGCAGGCACAGCAUCAAGUCCAACCCCUUGGCCACCAGAACCCCUUCGACGACUCGUUCUCUUUGCGUCAGUGCCGCAGCGAAGACAGCUAUCCACCCUGUGCCUACAUGUAUGGACCGCCUUACCCUGAGCCGCGAGGGAAUUCGUUCGCCGGAGGAGAGCAAUCCAGGUGCGAGGACAUCAACCCAGUUGAGGCCGAGCCAGCAAUAAAAAUGCCGGAAGAGUUCAGGUCCGACGGCUUGCAGAUGAGAGCGCCAGGGAUGGAAUGCCGACUAGAUGUCGCCGUUCACAUCAACAUGCAAGCAGACCUUCACGGCUACGACCAGCAGAAUCAGCACCCACAGCCAGGGCCUCCACAUCUCCUGCAUGCACCUCUACCGCAGUCCUCGGUCCUCAACGAGGCACCAAACUCGCAUAUGACGUCAGUCAGAGGCGAGGUCGACGACAACGACCACGGCGACCACUACAACUAUGUCCAGAAUUUCCGCACAGACGUGACCUUCCACGACCUCUCCCUAUCAGGUCCGUCGCAGUCUGACGACCAGUCGCCUGACCUUUACCCUCUAGGCUCGGGCACACAGUAUCUUCCGAUGUCCCCGGGUGGGUCGCUCCAACCUCAGCACCAUCAGCAGCAGCAUCUCCUGGGCUGCGGCAUGCCAGUGCAGCGUUGCGCGGCCAACGUUCGGGAGCGCAAGAGGAUGCUCAACAUCAACUCGGCCUUCGAUGAGCUGCGUUGUCACGUGCCCACGUUCCCCUAUGAGAAGCGCCUGUCCAAGAUAGACACACUGCGUCUGGCCAUUGCUUACAUCGCGUUGCUGCGCGACAUCCUGCUGUCCGGCGCCGACGCUCUGGACUACGUGCAGACGACGUUGAGGGCCAGCGGCCGGCCUGGUCCCGACGGAAGAGGAGGGCGAGGAGCGGGUUUGGAUGGAGAUCAAGUAUGGAACACGAGUGAUCUCACCGCUCGUCUGUCGUGGGUCAAAUGGGAGAGCCUGGGGGUGCGCCGUCGCUCCCUCCCCCCAGGUCUGGCUCCUCAACUCCACCCGCAUACGACCUCCGCUCCACACUCGCUUGGCCCCACCCUGCAGCAAUCUGCUGGGUCUAAUGGCGACUGAAGACCCAUGUACUCAAGCCACAAUGUCUAGCGACAGGCUUGAAUUGUGACUGACUUUAAACUGAUGGCGAUGACAUUCUAUCGACUUUCCGCAAGACCUGUGUGGAUCUUGUGAUGACCCAGUGCAGUAGCGGGGACUACAUGGGAUGUUGGUUGCAGUGACUUGGAGGUGUCAAAGCCCAUCAAAAUAUUACUUGGUGCAGCAUUGGUGUGUGGUUGUUUUUGAAACUGUCACCCAGUCUGCUGUUUCGUAUGACUUACCAGUCCAGAAGUCAGGAACAAUUUGUUUCAUAAAAUGGCCAUCAACUGUGGCAAUCUUGUCGCCUGUACAGUUGUGACCUCUGUGUACUAGAAGUAGACUAUAGGCUGCUCAAACUUAACGGACUGUUUAUGUUCUGUCAGUUUGACAGCAGAGUUGUUAUGCUUCUGUGCGAUAUGUGGGUGAGUUUGACAAAAAUGAGAAAAAUACGAGAGAUAUAA